AAUUCAUAUUAACCAGUUUACUCCCUACGAAUUCAGAUGCAAUAUCUCAGAAGCACGUCGUAGUUGUUCUGGGUGCUUGUGGAUAGGUAUCACUAGAAUAGGGGGGUAUUUACUGUCCAGCUCCUCUAGGAUCUAUUCUCAGCCAUAUAUUAACGAAGAACCCUGUCGAGGAUUAUUGUCACUAUGGCUAUACCGGUUAUCUCCUCUCAUAAUCCAGCAAACAGCGACGUCUAUAUAAAAGCCCUCAUGAUUGACUAUGCUUUUUCAAAUUACAAAUAUGUCAUGACCCCUAAAGAAGCCGAGGAGAUUUUGACGAAACCAUAUUGGGACGAUGUUGACGCUUUUUGUAUUUAUAUGAUACAAGCGAACUUUGGACAACCAGUGUCUAGGACAAGUAACGUAAGGCUUCCUAGUGCAAUAAAUAUAUACACUGACGAAGAGCUCAACGCCAUGGAGUCAGGGUUGGUUGAGCUCUCGCCUCCUAGGAAUGAGCUCAACACGAGUGAAGAGUUGAAUGUGGAAAAUACGCAGUCAAUUAUGGGCAAUAACCAAGAAAGCCAUGUUAGAUCUAUGUCGCAACCCGAUAUUAGAAUCACCGAAGGGGAUUUUGAAAUCGAAUCCGAAAUCGAACCUGAAUUUGAAAGCGAGUACCUUCCUCCAUACUCCCCUGAAAUUCUUCCGGCAUAUACUCCUUUCGACAUUACAGAAAUUCCAUCCCUAAUAAGUGCCGAAGAGGCCAGGGAAAUCAGCAGCACAGAAGACAUCACUAUGUUAUAUGAUACCAUUGAAGGAAAUCAUGACGAGACAGAAAUGAGGGGCACCUCAAGACUUGAUUUCCUUUACAUUUUGAGUUCAAGAGUGAACAGAACGUUCCAGAAGGUGAAGCAAAAGCUCACCCGCGGCUUUAAGACUAUCUCACCCAAGAAGGCUCUACACUAGGUCUAACUGUUAGAAUCGGAAAAAAAGAUUCAAGGAAGAUAGUAGGUAUACGGAGGUGGACCUUUCCUUUUAACCAUGAUAAUAAGAAGCCCAAGCAGAGUGGUUAGGUGUUCAGACCAUUGAUGGCUUCGAUGCUUAUAAGUUAUAAUUGUCACCUGUUAAUAUGUUUAAAAGUAUGUUUAAGUACCGUAGUUAUUAUUAGUC